AUCAGAAACAGACAUUGAAUAAGGAAAAAGAAAAAAAGAGAGAAGAAAGACAAGGAAAAAGCCACCAUUUUUCCCGGAUUCGGCUAUCGUAUCCGUCAUCAUUGCCCUGAGUUGUUUCUUCUGCUCGCUUGAUUCUAAUAAUUCCAGCCCAAACAUAUAAAGGGUCAAUGCCCUAUCCGCACCCAAUUGGUUCUUGAUGAUAUCAUUAUUUAGCUCCUAAGAAUUUUCAGAUUUCUUUCCUCCUCAUUUUUUAACUCCAGCCGGCUUCUGGGUUUCUUUCUCUUUUUGGGUGGACAUAUUUGGGUUCUCUUUUGCCUUCUUCCCCGGUCCAAUUGUUCUUGAGCAUCAAUGAAGAUGAUGAAUUUCCGUCGAGAUUGCAUCAGUCUCGACGGGUUCUGAGAGGAUCAUCUAUAUUUCUGAGGACCCUUUUUAAAAGAGAAGAAGCUGAUUGUAUGGAAAUAUUCAGAUUAUAGCAAAUAUUGUUUCGUAUGUUGGAUUCUAUGUAUGGAAGCUGACAUGUCUAUUCAGCAAGAUAAUUCCGGUUCCGGCGAUGUCUCAGGGACGGGGUCUUGCCUCUUUGAUCUCUUGCGUGCGGAAAACCCUGGUUGGGGAAACACAAGUGACAAAAAGACAUCUUAUUCCGAAGCACAGCAAAGGCUGGAGAAACUAAUGUCACAGCCUGGUAAUGAGUUCUGUGCAGAUUGUGGCUCCCCAGAUCCAAAAUGGGUAUCUUUGACUCUAGGAGCAUUUAUAUGUAUUAAGUGCUCCGGUGUUCACAGAGGCCUUGGAGUGCACAUUUCAAAGGUUCUAUCAGUAAAACUAGAUGAGUGGACAGAUGAGCAAGUCGAAGCAUUAGUCGUGAGGGGUGGAAACACUGCAGUAAACCUGAAGUAUGAAGCUUGCAUUCCGGGUAACCUCAGAAAACCAAAAGCGGAUUCCUCGAUAGAGGAGCGGUCUGAUUUUAUUAGGAGGAAAUAUGAGCUGCUCCAAUUUUUAAACUCUCCUGAACAGAUGAGCUGCCCCUUCCCAUCAUCUAAUAAUCGAUACCCAUCGUCGUCCCAAAGUAGCUCUUCUAGCAGUAGCGCUAAUCAAGAGAAGAGACAGUUUGAAAAACAACCAACGAAGCAUCGGAUUGGACAGGCAUUUCGUAACAGCUGGGGAAGGAGGGAGAACGACCAUAAGGCCUACAAGAAGAAAUGCUCAUCAGCGGGAAUGGUUGAAUUUGUUGGUCUAAUAAAGGUCAACGUGGUAAGAGGCACCAACCUAGUUAUUCGGGAUGUGAUGACCAGUGACCCUUAUGUGAUCCUUGCUUUGGGGCACCAGUCAGUGAAAACGCGUGUUAUAAAGAACAACCUGAAUCCAGUGUGGAAUGAGAAGCUGAUGCUGUCUAUUCCGGAAAGUGUCCCUCCUUUAAAAGUGCUCGUGUAUGACAAGGACACAUUCAAGCAGGAUGAUUUUAUGGGAGAGGCCGAGAUAGAUAUUCAGCCCCUACUGUCUGCCGCCAAAGCAUAUGAAAGCUCCACCAUUGACGAGUCAAUGCAGCUGGGGAAAUGGGUCGCAAGCAGAGAUAAUACCCUAGUGAAAGAUGGUGUCAUCAGCUUAAUGGAUGGUAAAGUAAAACAGGAUAUAACUUUGAGAUUGAAGAAUGUGGAGCGGGGAGAGCUUGAUAUUGAGCUUGAAUGUGUUCCCCUCACUCAGUAGCUUGAAAUUAGUCCGACUGGUUUAUAGUGAUACAAGUGUAAUAGAGUUUCACAUUGUUUGGUACAUAUACUACUAGGGUUUUUUUGUUCAUUGCUUGGAAGAAUUCGUUUGAAUGUUUGUUGGUGAUUGAGAUUAGAAGCCACAAAUUGAGUUGGUUUUCCAAA